GCGGGCGGACGGUUGUCCCGCGGCUGAGGGAGGGUAUUUUUUUGUUCGGCGAUGGCGGCCUCGGGCGGGACGCGGCGGCGGCGGCGCUGCUGCAGGAGCGGCUGAGAGGGCGGGCCCACCUACCCCCCCGCGGCCUACCCCCGUGUCCCUGACCCACACCCACUGCCUCCUCAUGGCGCUGCCGCCAGACGCGGCGGCGGCGGCGGUGGUGAACCUGCUGUCGGAUGAGGAAGGAGGCGAGGCCCAGGCUCGGGCCCGGGCCCAGGCCUCAGGCCCCGACGACGACGGCGAUGCCGCCGCCGAAGCAGCGGGAGGCGGCCGCGAGAGGCGCUCCCGCCGGGUCCGCCUGCGGCCGGCGGCGGGCUCCCCUCCCCUUCCGCGGGCCCCGGGCACCGAGGCCGCUCUCGGCCUGGAGCUGGGCCUGGGCCUGGGCCUGGGCCUGGGGCUGGGCUCCGAGCUGCAGCUGGAGCGGGACAGGGAGCGCGGGCUGGUCCGCUUCGAGAACCAGAGGCUGUUCACGGAGUUUGUGGAGUUCUGUGGAACUUUAACGGAAGAGAACCCGGAAGUGAUCAAUUUCCUACAGAGGAAGUACAGCAAGGCCUUCCCAGACUAUCUGGCCUCCACGGAGUUCCGCAACGUGCUGGGCCGUUGUCUCACUCGGGUUCAGGGCAAGAAAAGCAAAGUGUUUGUUUACAUCAAUGAGCUCUGUACGGCUCUGAAAGCCAACUCUCAAAAAACCAAACAGGCCUUGGCCAGCAGGGAGAACUCCAAGAAAGCAGAGGCUGAGCCAGGCAGUCCGUCAGCCCAGGGUGGGAAAGAGCCAGGCGUGUGUCCGGCUCCGAGUAAUGACCAGUCAGCAGAUCCAGCCUCCAUGUCGGUCUCUCAGUCUGAGCCAGCCACGAAGAAGCGGACAGGCAGUGGAUCCCGCCGUCAGAUCCGCUACUUGGAGAACCUCCUGAAGGUCUACGCUGACGAGAUCAAGCGCCUGCAGGAGAAGGAGCUGGACCUGAAGGAGCUGGAGGACGAGGACUCCUCGUACAUCCAGGAGCACCGGCUGAAGAAGAAGAUGGUGAAGAUCUUUGAGAAGCUGUGUGAGCUGAAGAACUGCUCGAGCCUGACGGGCCGGGUCAUUGAGCAGCGCAUUGCCUUCACUGGCACCCGGUACCCCGAGAUCAACCGCAAGAUCGAGAGGUUCAUCAACAAGGCCGAUCACUUCCCCGAUUACCAGGAUAUCCGCAACAUCAUUCAGAAAGUCAGCAUCAAGCACUCACUGGGCCUCAGGCAGAGGCAGAUCCAGAGCAUGGCACAGGACGUGUUCAGAGAGGUGGGCAAUCGUCUACAGGAGCGGCGCCACCUUGACCUGGUGUACAACUUUGGCAGCCACCUCACCGACGACUAUAAACCAGGGAAAGACCCAGCCAUGGUGGACCCCACCUUGGAGAGACGGCUGCGGUCUAACCGGACGGUGGCUCUCGGGCGCCUGGAUGAGGUGGUGAAGAAAUACGCCGAGCUGCAGGACAUCAGUGAAAUCGAGGAGGAGGAGAAGAGAAAGAAAAAGAAACUGCUGCAGUCGGCAGUCACCUCCACCUCCGAAACCACCACAGAGGGAGCUGAGGAGCAACGGGACACGGCCCAAAAGGUGAGCGCGACUAAAGGGCAAGGACCAGAGGAAGAUCAGGAUGGUUGUGGCUCAGAUGAUGAUCAGGAGGAGGAGGAAGAUGAAGAGGAGGAGGACCUGUCGUCAGAUCCCGACAUCGAGGAAGAACUGUCAAAGAUCGAGGAGGUUGUAGCCACUGAGGAGGAACCACAUGAAGAUGAGAAAGCAGAAGGCAGUGAUGCUGAGGAGGAGGAGGGAGAGGAGGAGGACCAGGGCUCUGUUGAAUCGGCCCAGUCUUCGGAAGACGAGGACAGUGAAGAGGAUGCAGAGUCUGCAGAAGGACCCCGUGUGGAUGAAGGGGUGGGAUUGGAGCCUGUGGAGGCCGAGGCUAGCUCCAAGACUGAGCUCAGCUCCACAUGCCCGACUGCCAAGUCUGAGUGCGCUGCCGAGAGUGGGAGCCCCACGCGAGAGGACGUCAGCAGUGAUGGUGUCCCUAUGGAGGACGGAGUGGGCUCGAGUGUUGGGGGUGAAGCUGCUACACUUGCCGUCGCUCUGGGGGACGGGGCGGUGGAGGAAGGGGUCGGCUCCAGCAGCGAGAACGGGACUGCCUUGGCUGCGGGGGAAGAGUUGGCGUCUGCCGUCGCUGAGACGGAGUGCCAGGCUGAUGCACAAGGCAGUCCUGCGUGCCCACCUGAGGAAGGAGGCGGGAGCUCCGAGGCAAGUCCCGUGCCCGCUGAUUGGGAGGCAGCAGAGCCUGACCUUGGAGGCCAAGCCCAACAGCAUCCAAAGAGGAAACGCGCUGACUCCAGUGGGCAGAAACUGGAAGUGGCCGUUGUCAAACGGAGCCCCGAACCCAGCCCCUGGGUGGCUGAGCAAACCGUAACAAACAAUGUGCCUGCACACGGCGAGGGCAGUGCAGAGGCUUCUCCGUGUUAUGAGCCGAAACCUUCGACCCUGGAGGUUGAGACCACCCUGGAUGGUAGGCCUCCUGUCACAAAAGGGAAGUUGGACGUUCUGGGAAGGGAUGAGCAUGGUCCAGACGUCUGUUUAACUGCACUCAAUGGACAAAAGCAAGAGUCUGUCGAUCUAGACACCUCACCAGUUGCAAAAAGAAUGAAGCGAGCCCCGGACGUGGAGACGCAAAGUCUGGAUGUGAUCGAGCUGAUGGAGUCUGACGAAGGGCUGGAGGAGUCACUGAUGGACUGUGCAGAGUCUACCGUGCCUGUCAAAUCUCUGCUGCCUGCUGUAGAUUCAACCCGUGCAGAUUCCCCCCUGGUCAGUGUGGUCACCAGUUCACAGCCCAGCCCUGUGAGACACACACGGGUGAAUGUGGCCACGCAGUGUGACCCGGAAGAGAUUAUUGUUCUCUCAGACUCUGACUGAGGUCCUGGAGGAAGGUGUUUACUGACUGGGCUCCUCCAUCACAAGGAGUGCUGCAAAUUGUCUUCAGAACAGGAGAAAGCUUGCACUGACACUGCGGGGUACCUCCCUCCUGCUCACUAUCUCUCUGUCUCCCUCACUCUGUCUCUCCCUCUGCUCAUGUCCCUUGUAUCAAAUACAAGUGUCGCAAGACCGAAAAGAAACUGCAAGCAACAUUUCGUUUUUUCAAAAAAGAUUUUGCCGUGUUCGGGCGUGAGGAAGUUUCCGCCUUUGGGAAUGUCUGGAACUGGGUCAAAAAAACAGGAAUGGGCUCUUUACCCACAUUGAUCACUCUCCUCAGCGGGAGGGAGGGAGGGAGGGGAGGGAAGCUGUCCUGUUUUGAGGUGGAAGGUUGUUUUUUUGAAAUUGAUGUAUAAAUUAAUCUGCCGUCUUUUGUUAGCAGUGCACUGUGCACAGUGCAGUUGAUGCAUUUUCAGACAGUCAAAGGUAAGCAUCACUUUUUAAAAGAAAAAUAUAUCUCUCUAUAUUUAAAAGCAAACUUGUGGACUGCUCAGUGCUGCACCUCAUCCUUCUGAAAACAUGGAUUAACCAGGACACAUUGAAAUUAAAUUCUCAUCUGAGUUGUGAUGGUAAAAGGCAGUUUUUCUCAUUAACUGUACAACUCCCAUCUGCAUUUCCUGAAGUUUAUUUUCAGUUCUCAAUCUUUGUUCUUUCGCUGUCUGUCUCUCGGGCGGUUCUCUGUCUAUCUGUCUGUCUGUCGGUCUGUCUGUCGGUCUGUCUCUCCCUCCCCCCCCACCCCCCUUUCC